AUGAAUCGACAGAGAACUUAUGGUGUUACUGGUCCUAUAUCUACAGCGGGACCUACUGCUGCUGAAAAUCAGCUAAAUGAUAGUUUGAUUCAAGAAUUGAAAAAGGAAGGAUCUUUUGAAUCUGAAGAAGAUACGAAGAAGAGGGUUCACGUUCUCGAAAUAUUUCAAAAACUGGCGGAGCAAUUCGUCUUUAAGGUUUCUAAAAACAGAAAUAUGUCUGACGGCAUGGCUAAAGAUGCCGGUGGCAAGGUUUUUACUUUCGGUUCAUAUCGUCUAGGAGUUCAUGGGCCCGGUAGCGAUAUAGACACGUUGAUAGUGGUGCCCAAACAUGUUACACGCGAAGAUUUUUUCACUGUUUUUGAUCAGAUCUUGAGAACUAGGCCUGAAUUGGAGGAAAUAGCACCAGUUCCCGACGCUUUUAUGCCUAUUAUCAAAAUAAAAUUUAGUGGCAUAUCCAUUGAUCUGCUCUGUGCCCGCUUAGAUAUUGCCCAAGUUCCUUCAAAUUUAACUCUAUCAGAUAAGAAUCUAUUGAGAAACCUGGAUGAAAAGGAUUUGAGAGCUUUGAAUGGUACUAGGGUCACUGAUGAGAUUUUGCAAUUGGUUCCGAAGCCAACGGCUUUUAAGAUAGCUUUGCGCGCUAUCAAGCUAUGGGCACAAAGGAGGGCAGUUUAUGCAAACGUCUUUGGAUUUCUAGGUGGUGUCGCUUGGGCCAUGCUUGUAGCGAGAAUCUGUCAACUAUAUCCUAAUGCUUGUAGUGCCGUAAUAGUUGCUAGAUUUUUUCACAUAUUAACCAAGUGGAAUUGGCCACAACCAGUUUUGCUAAAACCAAUUGAAGAUGGACCUCUUCAAGUACGUGUUUGGAACCCCAAGAUUUAUGCUCAAGAUAGAUCUCACAGAAUGCCUGUGAUUACCCCUGCUUAUCCUUCCAUGUGUGCUACGCAUAACAUUAGCGAAUCUACGAAGAAAGUCAUUUUGGCAGAGUUGGAAAGAGGUGCUCAAAUGACGAACGACAUUUUCACCAACAAAAAGACUUGGGCGGAUUUAUUCCAAAAGCAUGAUUUUUUCUUCAAGUAUAAGUUCUACCUGACAGUGAUGGCUUGCACAAAGGGUAACGAUGAGCAGCAUUUGAAAUGGAGUGGUCUUGUAGAAAGUAAACUUAGAUUACUUGUUCAAAAACUAGAAGUUUUGCAUGGAAUCAAGUUAGCUCAUCCUUUUACUAAACCUUUCGAAGCAACAUAUGCUUAUAGUAAUGAGGAAGAGUGUAAAGUCAUCAUGGAUAACUAUGGCACGCAUAAAACAGAAGAAACCCUGAAACAGUUCAAACAGGUUACUGAUGAAAACAAGAACGAAGAGGAGGUCAAGAUCAAGAAGCAAGUGCACAUAACUACUUUAUACAUUGGACUAGAUGUUGAGGUUGAAGGAAAGAGACAAGUUGACAUUCAUGUACCUUGUUCAGAUUUCUUUAACCUAUGCAGAUCUUUCAGCGAAUAUGAUGACCCCGAAACGUAUUCUUUGAUUAUCAAAUAUGUCAAGGUAUAUGACCUGCCUGAGGCUGUUUAUGAAGAAGGAGAAGUAAGACCUAUAAAGCAAAGCAAGAAAAGAAAGCAAGAAAAACUCAGCAAGAAGGCGAAAAGGCCAAAAUCUAGCUUCUCGAACGGAGUUAGUGAAAAGUCGGUAUUAGCUACCAAUGGAUCUUCCGAUGAAAUCGACAAAAAGGACAGUGAUAAGAAUAGUUGA